UGGAUGUUUGUCAACAAAGAAAAAAAUAAUAGUGUUCAGACUAUUUUAAUUUUUCAUAAUAGAAUUUGAUGAUCAUUAGUUAUAUAAAUUAAAAAAAAUAUUGUUUUAAUAAUGCGCAAUGGAAGAUGAAGAAGAAAUUGAUAUUAUAGGAGAUUAUGAUGACAUUUCAAAAAUAACUUCUGGUCAAUUGCUGUCCUGUGACUAUACAGUGCAUCCAAAAUGGGUGAACGAGAAUGCUGAGGGUGGAAAUUUCUGGAGUGACAGUGUACCAAAGCAUGAUAAUUUAGAGAAUAAUGUCGAAGUCUUACAUUCAGAAGAAGUCGUCAUUGAGGAGCCGAAGGUUUCAAAUAAGAAAAUUUUAGAUUUGGAAUGGGUGGGAGAGAUUGCGUCACAAAAUGAUGAUGUUGUUUUUGAAGAAGAUAUUCCAGCAACUACCGAGGAAGUAAUAGAGGACGAGUAUUGUACGGAUAAAGAUAAAGAAUGCCAUAAUGAGUUACUAAAAGAGACUACAUUACAAAAUAUAUAUAGUUGUAAUGGGGAAUGGGAUGAAAGUGUUGCUGCAUUUGAAACUCAUCCCGCACCUAAGAACAACAAAUAUAUUGGGCCCACAAAUUCACGUAGUUUAUUAAAAGUAAAAAUUGAAAAUCCAUUACUGCUUUCACCGAAUCCAAGAAGUUUGUUGAAAAUUAAUCGUCUUAAUUUAAGAACUGAUGGCAAGCAACAAAGUAAAUUUAAACAAACUUUAACAAUUAGCAGAAAUUUAUUCGAUAAAGUAGGAAAAGCUAAGGAAUUUUGUAAGGAAACCGACUUAAAUAAAGAAAAAACGAAAUUUAGACAAAGUUUGAAAAUUGACCAUACUAAACUACGAAAAUUGAAAAUAAAAAAAAAUAAAAAUCUCAGUGCUGCAAGCCCGAAGAUUCCUGAUAUCGUCUGCUCAAAAAAAAAUAAAGAAAAAGAUAAAAAAUUGGAUGAUACAAUUUAUCCUAAAAAAAGAGUGAAAACUAGAAAAAACCUUACUGAUACAAAUUAUGGUGAAAAUAUUACGAUAAACCACGAAACAGAAUUGUUAGGGAAUGAACAAUUAACAUCCAAAAAUUCAACCAAUUUUUCCUCUAGUACUUUAGUUAAACUACAAAAUGUUGAAAGUGAUGAAGUCAUCGAUAUUGAAGCUGAUUUAAGUGAGGAUGAAAUUAUUGACCUCAAAAGAUCGUUAUUCGGGGUAACAAUUCACACUGAAAAUUUGACAAAAGAAUGUUCCAGGGUAGUAAAAUCGCAAAAUGAAUUAAAUUCUACAACAAACGAAAAACUUGAUGAAAAAAUAAAUGUUUCACAAGCUAUAGAAUUAGUUGAAAAACUUCCAGAGAAAUUGGUUUUUGAAAUUCAAAGAAACAUGGCUGUUCCGAACCAAGAACUAAUUUUAAGUGCCAGUGAAGUUACAGAAUUAGAAAAAUAUUUUAAUUCUGAGUUUUUUGAUGGUAAAUCAUCUUCAAAAACUCCAGAGCAGUACCUUCGUAUUCGUAAUCACAUCCUCACAAUGUGGAAUGUAAUGGGUAAAAAUGGAUAUGUAAGUAAAACUUCAGUCCGUAGUGGCUUAAAGCAUGGUGGUGACGUUAAUAGUAUUAGUAGAAUUCAUAGACUUUUGGAACAAAUUGGGGCAAUCAAUUUCGGUUAUCAAGGCAAAUAUUUUGAAUAUGUAAGACCUUUGGAGCAAUAUUUUGCAAUGUUUAUUCAAAAUAAAUGUCAAUAUGGUAACUCAAAUUUAUUAGCUUUAACUAAUGGAUUCACGAAUUCGAGAAAGCCCAGAACCCGAACACGUACGAAUUAUUUUGCUUUAGAAAAUGGUAUUGAUUCAAUUUGUGACAUAAAUUAUACAAUAGAACAUGAGGAGGGUAUUUACAUACCCAAAAUUUCAAAAGUUAUGGCAUCGGAAUCAAAAUUGAGAAAUGUCAGACAUAUAAAAACGGAGCAGGACCUAGUCAAGUGCCUAAAAUUCUCAAAAUACAACAUUGCUCCGUUUAAGGUUUCGAUUACAUUGUCAACACUACUUUGCAUUCAAUUGCAUUCGCUUUCUUCAAAUUUUGAAGUAAUGGGAUUUUUAGGCGGUCAUCGUAGCAAAUCAAUUGGUAGGAAUAAAAUGUGCUUAACAAGGUAUAAGCCCUGCAAAACUAUUGAACAUAGUGGAACAAUGUGUGAAAUGUGCCCGAUUUCUCAAUUAGAACAAUCUCGCAGUCUUAAACAGGAGGGGUACGAGUUGUUGGGUUGGUAUCAUUCUCAUCCAUUGUUUCCCCCAGAUCCUUCUCGAACCGAUGUGCAGACUCAAAUAGAGAUGCAAAUGCAGUUUUCUGCUCAAUCAGAUAGAACGUUUAUUGGUCUUAUAUUGAGUUGUAUUGCAAUGCAUUUUAAAUGUAUAUACGUUUUGCCAAAAGAUUAUAAUUCUAACUUAAAUGGCAUAGUUUCUCCUUACGAAUUGGAUGUUGAUAUUAUAAAAGACUGCACAAAUUUUAAAUAUGAUAUUUUAGAUGUUUUUGAUUCUAUCAAUGAAAUGAACGAUGAAGAUAAAAAGCAUAAUGUUUUCCAAAAAUUUAAAUUGUCUAGUGGGCCAAUAUUGGAGCAAUAUGGAUAUAAACCAGAAACUUUUUUUAAUGACAUAUUAUAAGAUUUGUUUUCUUUUUGUUUUCUCCUAAAUGUAAUAAAUUUGAGUAAUAUGUUAGGUGUUUAAUAGCGUAUAAUAUAGUUAUAGUUAUAGAAGUUUAAGUUUUUAACUUGUUUUAUAUACACGUAUAUACAUAAAUGUA